GAAGCACAGUAGCAGUUCGUCUUAGUGCGCCUCUACUUGAAGCGUCAACGUUCAACUCUCAACUCGCAACUCUCAACCAAAUCAAAAUGAUUUGUUCUGGUUGAACGUGCGCGUUUUAGUUGACGAUUCCAGCAAAUGAUCCAGCAACUUCUUAUCAUAGUUGUCAGUUGCGCGUUGAACGUUGAUAAUACUUCGCUUAUGUUCGAUAUGGUUUAAGAAUUACCUUCUUAUUAAGAAAUUUCAAUGCUAGAGUAGGAUCUAAAGUAUCGAUUAAGCCAAUUUUCAACUCGAACACAAAUAUAAUGCAGUUGCCUAGUGAUUAUUUACAUAUAGCCUACGUCGAACAAUUUGUAUCGAAAUCGAUGAUUUGAUGAAUUUCUCUACCACAAUUAAGCGUCGAUUUACUGAGUUGAAAGACUCGUAUCGCGUACCUACCAAGUUCCUAUUGAUGUGACAUUAGGUGCACUGAGUCAUAUUAUUUAUUUACAUACUCGUAUUACUUCAGUGGGUAUAGCAGGCACAUAGACGUUGAACAUGGGUAUUCCAACAUUGAAACAAGCGUUCUGUUCCUAUCCGUUGAGAUCUGGAGUAAGCUUCAUUUGGGGCAUUAGCUUAUUAUGGAACAUAGGCUGGUACUUUUUUGAUGAAAGCAAAAGUCCACCUUUCGUCUUAGAAAUUUUGGACAGUCAAAAUUUCAUCCAACUUCCUGAUGGGCAUCACUUCGUCGAGUACAGACGGUGUUAUUACAUCAUUCAGAUAGUAGUGUUGAUCAUUGCUCUGGUUGGAGAAUGUACAGGACAUGUGAAUUACACAUCAGAAGAAACCGAACAGAGCCAAUCAGGGUCUAGUUCCACCAAGAACCAAUGCUACUGUGUUUGUGAAGCUAAGAGCGCACCUGGCUGCUUAUUUCCAUGGAUGGUGAUCGAACAGCUUAUGAUCUAUAUAUACGCUUUUGCAACAGUACGUUAUGGCUAUAUGUAUUAUAUGCGUUAUUCGGAAGGUAAAAGCAUAUUUACAACUGACAUGCUCCACGAAAUACUGUUCCCAAUAUUAUUUGCACUCCAUUUCUAUCUGUGCUGGAUUAUAUACAGUUACUAUAUCGAACUAAAAAGAAAAGCCGGCAGAAGAGUUACAUUGGCACCAUCACCAACCGUACCUGAAUCAGCUCCCAGCCGGAAUGACCACACUUCACCAGAUUCGUCUCCUUCUACUUAGUAUACAAUUUCCUUAUGAACCCAUCAACCUCUUAUCCACUUUUUGGAAGUAUCCACCCAAUUUCCUCAAACCGUGAUCCAAAUCGAUUGAUACUGCUUCUUGUGUUCCACUGUCAUCUCAGGUCUUAUUCUUAUGCCUUAUAGUAUACUGCAAUUAUCAUAAAUGCGGAAGGGAAUUUUCUUUAUUGAUGUUUUUUUUUGAAAAUUUUUAAGUUAACCUACAAUAUUAAGUUCCUAUAUUUGAAUAUUUUUAUAAUUUUUGUAUUGUUAGAUGAGUGAGGCAAUGAACUGAUACCUAUGCUUACGAGUAUUUGAUAUUGAUUAAUUAUGUACAAAAUCCCCAAUAUAUUUGUAAU